AUGCAAGAAUGGCUAUGGCGUGUGGCGUUACAAGUCGUCUUGUUAGCCGCUUUUGGCCAGGCGACUCUCUUGCAUCGCAAUGGCUCCCUCUCGACUGAACCCCCACGAAGAAACGGCACGACUACCAUAACAAGAAACGCUACGGCCACAACAACCACGCCCUCCGACGGCAAGGGGAUCGCGUUCGCGGAAAGCUGUCAAGCAGCACUGCUAGCCUGGAGCUCAUCGACGGACAGUUAUGGCUCCAAAUAUGGCACAGUAUCAACCUCAUACUACACUGGAUCAAUGACUUACAACUCGCAUCUUCCCGGAGCCACCACAAUCCACAGCCUGACCACUCUAUGCGACGGAUACCCUCGUGUUGUAGGACCGGUGACCUACAGCACAGCAGGAGUGGUCACAAUCUCUUCGAAGUGGACGAAUACCAAUCCAACCUUCGUCCUUGCCAGCUACACAUCCCCAGCGCCGUGCUCCAUCGGCCCGCGGGAUUGCGAGCUCCUCUACAGCUCAUGGACGAGCCAUUGGCACGAAUACACCGCGACUGGCGGCUCCAAUGGCCUACGAAACCCUCCGUGUGAGACUGAGACCUUCACGCGUACUUGGUCUACCAACUCACAAGGCGGGUCAUGCAACAACUGUCAGGUCAUCGGGAGCAAGAUCCGACUGCUAUACUGGCCGGUGGUCACAAAAGCUGGCAAUCACAAUCUGUGCGACGGCGCUGCCCAAACAGUGACCGCCGCGCCCACUGGAGACGAGCCCAACACUUUCGUGACUGAAGGCAUCACCAUCACCAGCCCUUCUGUGGCAGUGUCAAUAGGAGGUCUCUCGAGAGUCGACAAGUGCGGGACUGUCGUGCCAUACACUGUCAUACCCGUCCUGCCGGAAGACGUCUCCUCAGUCCAAGGAGCGCGAGCCUUGUUCACGCACAGGCAGUUCAACUUCGCCGAUCUCAACUACAGAUGUCUUUCGGACCCAGACACCAUCUUCAUGACCACCGGCACUCGCACUGACUGCUACCAAGAAGUGCCUGCUUCGGACUACUUCUACGGCUUCGCCAACGCUGCUGGAGUGGAUUGGUAUGCUUCUACAGCAUUCCAAAACUCCACGAUCUGGCCGAACUACCAGCCUCAAGUCCUUCCGCCCAAUACUCUAACGCAAGCAAUUCGGAGCCUCUGGGGUGAAAACUGCAACAUCCACCCCGAUGGCGUGUGGGAUCCUCCGAUUGCGCUUUCACCUGAGACUACGCUGCCCGCGCCUGAAGCGGAUUGCACAACGAUCACAUACCUUACUCCGACUUCGACACCUGCUAUUCCGGCACCUACCGUACAUCACGUCCCGCCACCCACAGCUCAUACCAAAGCACAUACUACGGUCCCGGAAACCAUUGUUCCUACCAUCAUCGCACCACACCCGUCUAAGACCGCCGCACAUGUGCCUCAAAACACUGUCUUGUCCGUCACCCUGGAAGACCAAGUCUUCACCAUGGAACACGCUGGAGGCGAGCCGGCGCUAGUCAACGAGCACACGACGGUGAUGCUUGACCCAGAAGAGCAGCAUGGCGAGCCAACGAAUGCCGGUUCUUCGGGGGGACCCAAGGUAUCCGAGCCACCGAACGCAGGUACUCCCAAAGGACCUAAAGAACCCGAACGACCAAAUGCAGGUACUCCGAAAGGACCGAAAGAAUCCGAACGACCGAUCGCAGUCAAUCCAAAGGGGCCAAAAGAAUCCAAAUCAUCGAGUGCACUUAAACCCAAGGGCCGAAAAGAAUCCGAGGAAUCAGCGCCAGAAGUGGUGACGAUUGCACCCGGUCGCUACAUUGUCCAGGGACUUGAGCAUGGCGACUACAAUGUCGAUGGCGUUUCCACAACUUUCACCGUGGAGGGGGACGAAGCAGCAGCAACCGAGCAAAGUCAUUCAACGAAACCCACGGCGCCGUCACAGCCCGAAUCGACAAGGAGCAGAGGGAAACAAUCUAGUGCGGCAUCAUCACAACCCAAAUCGACAGGAGGUUCGGCAUCGCAGUCCGGCACAAAGGCGAAGGGCUCACAGUCCCACGACAAGGGCAGCGAAGGCAACGAGGCGAAGGAAGAUGGGCCGAAAUCCAGCGGUGUCAGCGACGACGGAUCGCAGUCUCUUCCCGACGGCAGUAAAGGUGGAUCGCAGUCUCAAGCCGACGACAGUGGAGAUGGAUCGCAGUCUCAAGCCGACGGCGGUAAAGGUGGAUCAAAGUCUCAAGCUGAUGGCAGUGAAAACGGCUCACAGUCCGAAGCCAACAGCAAUGGGAAUGGGUCUAACGCUGAGAGUAGUGGUAGAUCCCAGAAUCAAGAUGACGACCAGCCAGAAACGAAUGCAGCGAGCGACAGGACAGAGCAUUUUGGACUUUUGAUGUGCCUGGUCGUCACUUGUUUCGGAGCGUUGGCGGUAAUGUAG